CAUGUUUAUGCUAAUGAGACGACAGCCUUCGGCAGGUAUAUAAAUCGCCCACCGGCAGACGCAUUCCAAAAAAGAUCCAGCGAUGGCCAUGGAAGGAUCCACCCUCUCCCUCGUCGCCCUGCUCUUAUGCCUCAGUCAGGUUUGCUCCCUGGAAUGCUAUUAUUGCCCCUUUGAGACUCCCAGCUCUUCGUGCACCAACACCAGAAACUGCUCAGCAACGGACAAACUCUGCAAAACCAAGGUGUUCAGCCCGGAUAUCACCUUUCCCUUUGAUGGAAGUGAAAUGGUUACACGGGACUGCACCGACAUCUGCGAGCAGAGCGACAACGAUGAGCUGGGAACGAAGCACCCCGUAUUCUGCUGCAGCAGCGAUCUCUGCAACAACAGAGGGCUCUACGCCUCUAGAGGAGGACCCACAAACACCAGCAGCGGACUACUCCUAUGCUUCAUGAGUUUGGCGCUCUUCUUGUUCAGAAUCAAACUUUAAUCACAAAAAUGCAAAAAAAAAACAAUUUUUGGGGUCUGC